AUGGAUCCAAUCUCAAUAUUCGGCCUGGUGGUCGAGGUCGGCCAGGUACUGGCCAGCGUCAUCAACUAUGCCCAAGCAGUGAAGGACGCCAAAUCGGAUAUUCGGAGAUUGAGUGAAGAGCUCUUUACCCUCAAGGGUAUCUUGGAACAUCUCUCAACGGGACUGGGGGACCACAGUCCCGAUCCUGAGAAGCAGACCGAGCUAGAUUCAUCGCCUCGGAUCUUCGACAAAAACGUGAUGUCGCGAGUGCUCUAUGCGACAGACACAUUCCUCCAGACACUUCUCAAGGAGCUGGAGGAGCCUGUCUCUAGGUUCAAGAAGUUGAAACAGAAGCUGGAGUGGCCAUUCUCGCAAGAUCAAUUCAACGCCCAUCUUACUCGACUGGAGAGGGUCAAGUCAUGGUUAAUCUUGGUCAUCACUGCAGACGCCGCCGUAGUGGAGCGAGAUUUACAUCGCGAGGUCACCGAUCUGGCAAGGGAUCUUAGGGAAGAUCUGCGGCUUCGCGAUCUUGAAAGGGUUGAGAAAGACAAUGAGACCCUGUUUAAAUGGCUGGCCCCCAUCAGUCCUGCUGAUUCUCAUAUUCGCGCCUCGAGCGGGCGACGACAACAGACUGGCCGAUGGUUCACAAAGUCUUAUCUGAAAAACUGGCUGGAGGACUCUUCGGAAAAGACACGACUCUUGUGUCUCGUCGCUGGAACUGGAAAAACAACGCUGUUCGCCCAGGCCGUGGAAGAAUUAACGGUCGUCACUGCGGGGACAUCAAUAAGCUGUUUUGCAUACUUCUACUGUACCAUCACCGACACCGCCUCUCAGGUCGCUGUCAAUGCACUAGGUUCUAUCGCAGGCCAACUAGCCAGGUCAAUCCCGGCUUUGUUGGACGAGCUAAGGUCAAUUUACGAAAAGCUGGCCAGAAAUCAAGCACAUAAGCCUCCAAUUGGUCUCUCAGAUCUGGAAGAUGCAAUCGUCAGGCAUUCAACCGCCAUGUCACAGGUCGUCAUCCUCGUCGACGCUCUCAACGAGAGCUCUGAGACUGGUAGUAUGGAGUUUUGCCUGUUGAAUUUGACGAAACGGUCACCGAAUAUCAGGGUUGUUGUCACAACGACAUCGACGCGAAUGUCUACAAGAGACGUCAAGUUCCUCAACAUCCGAGCGGACACGAUGAAAGAAGAUAUCAAGGCGGCGAUUCGGUAUCGACUCGAGCACGAGAAUGCGCUAAGGCAUCUUGCACCGAAGUUCCAAGCUGAGAUUACAGAAAACUUGCUCAAUAGCGCGGAUGGAUCGUUUCGAUGGGUCCAACUCUCCUUGGAUAAUCUCUGCUCUCAGCGAACUGCCAAAGCGAUGCGCCUGUCUUUGUCGAAUCUCCCGAGCACACUGAGAGAGAUGUAUGUGGACACCCUCAAACGUAUCGACCCCAGUGAUGUGCCUCUCGUCCGAGAAGCGCUAUUUUGGCUCAGCUUUGUGAAGCAACCCCUCAGCCUCCGAAGGUUGAACGAAGCUGUCAUACUCGAGGACAACUGCACCAUGAUAGACGAAGACAUGAUGCUGCUGCCUCGAGACAUUCUCCUUCGAAUCGGCCAGGGUCUCAUAUCAGCUGACCAGGCCGAGCACGUCAACUUGGCACAUUCAUCUGUCAAGGAGUUCUUGACCUCCGAGUGGAUCCGUUCUUCAUCUGUGAGCCAAUUCGCACUGGAUCCCUCCACUGCUGACACCAUCAUCUUGCGCAAAUGUUUGCAAUACCUGUGCCUCGACAACUUCAAGUACGGAUACGGCGAAUAUCGCAAGCACGGUAAAGUCCGCGCAUUUCUAUUUUACGCGGCUACUUUCUGGCCUGUCCAUGCGUCUCGCUGCGUUCUUGGGCACGUCGAGCGCGAUUUGAUUGCUCGUCUCUUCGCAUCCCGAGACCUUCCUCGCCGUGGAAACUAUGGUGUCUGGAUGGAAGCCUUGAUUCCGGGCGUGAAACCUGCAACCAUUGAGGGUACCAAUCCGCUCUACUACGCGGCCUCGUUCGGUAUGGCUUCGGUCGUCAAGGCCAUGCUUGAGUCUGACCCGACCAUCGAUGUCAAUGCUCCAGGCGGUCGUGUCGGAGCAACGCCAGUGUUUGCUGCUGCUUGGCGUGGUAACAAUGAAGUUGUCGAGAUAUUGCUCAAGGCUGGAGCUAAUCCUACAAUUCUUGAUCCUGGCACUCAGAUGAGUGUGGUGCAUCUGGCCAAGUGGAAACACUUCAAGCCUCUGCGAGACAUUCUUGUGCGAUGCAACCAACUUGAUCCGUAA